AUGAAGCGGACCCCAUGGAAUUCAAACAAGUCCAACCAUAGUCCUAACGUAUUCAAACAUUUUCAGACCAUGGCUUUAGAUUUAGCCAUGGCAAGAACGAGUAAGGGUCGCCAAAAGGUGAACAUGGUGAAAAUGCAGAAUGAGAGUAACCUGCAAGUAACCUUUUCGAAACGAAGGUCCGGCCUGUUCAAGAAGGCUAGUGAGCUUUGCACUCUUUGUGGUGCUGAAGUAGCCAUUAUUGUCUUCUCUCCGGGCAAAAAGGUGUUCUCUUUUGGCCACCCUUGUGUCGAGUCGGUCGUUGACAGGUUUCUCAGCCGGAAUCCUCCACAGCCAAAUGGUGGCAGUGGGGCGGAGCUGUACAUUGAGGCUCACCGGAAUGCUAAAGUCCAUGAACUCAAUAUGCAGCUCACCCACGUGGAAAGCCAGUUGGAAGGUGAGAGAAAGCGCGGUGAAAUGCUCGAUCAAAUAAGGAGGGCUGGUCGGAACCAGAGGUGGUGGGAAGCUCCCAUUGAUGAGCUCAAUUUGCAACAGUUGGAAAUUCUGAAAGCAGCCAUGGAGGACCUCAGAGAGAAUUUCAACAACCAAGCACAACAGGUAAUGGUCGAGUCAUCGAUUCCAUCGCCAUUUCUCACAGCCACCAGUUCUUUUGGAAGAGGUGGUAGUGCCACCGGAUUCGGCCUUGGUGCUCCAUUUAAUGCGGCUGCGCCGGGGUCCAGUGGUGGUGGUGCUCCUCCAUUUAAUGCUCGGCCGGCAGUAGGGUUCAGUGGUGGUGGUACUGGAGGUGGCCCAUUUGAUGCUAGGGCAACAGGGUCUAUCCCUUCCAUGAUGUCCCAUGGAUACAACCAUGGCUAUGGUCACGGUCAUGGUCAUGGGUUUCUCUGA